UUUGGUGAUCUUUUUAAAUGUUAUUAGUGAAAGAAUGCAAAACAAAAUCAAGUUUAAUGACGAAUACAAAUCAAACCAGUUUUAAAUGUGACUUAAAUUACGACGUAAACGACAUUUUUCCACAACAUUAUAUGUAUGUGUAACAAGACAAAACAAAAUAAACACGAGUUUGUGAAAUAUGCAAUUUAACGCAAGUUGAUGAUCUUUUCAAUAUGAUUCUGUCAAGCUGUCUAACAAUUAGUUGUAAGCGCUUCAAUACCAGAUACCAGAUACCAUCAAACUAAAAUCAACAAACUCAAUUAAGUUAAUGAAAACACAAUUAUAUUUAACAAAUCGUAUAUAUGUUUUAUACAAAUUUCAAUUAUUUUGAUCGAUUUCGAUUUGAUUUCUGAAAAACAAACGAACAGUACCCAACCCUUGUAAAACAAAAACGAUUUUAGUUUGCGUUUAAAGUAAGAAAACAACAUAUACAAUUCAUUUUUGUUCAAUAAAAAUAUAUUUAACUAAAUAUUCGCCCUGCCUUUUGAGUUUCAUUCUGCUCUGCUAGAAUGAUUUCCCUUCUGAGAAAGACAUUCCCAAUUGCCAUCACCCAAACCAAUCGCGUAGUCAGGUGCAAAUCCAAGCAGGACAAGUGCGCCAGGAACGCCUUGAUCAUCCUGGCCCCAGGAGCUGAGGAGAUGGAGUUCACCAUAUCCGCCGAUGUGCUGCGAAGAGCAAAGAUCAAUGUUACCGUGGCGGGUUUGCACGGUUGUGAGCCGGUCAAGUGCUCCCGGUCUGUGGUCAUCGUGCCGGACACUUCGCUGGAGCACGCCGUGACCAGGGGCGACUACGAUGUGCUGGUCCUGCCCGGAGGAUUGGCCGGCAACAAGGCGUUGAUGAACUCGUCCGCCGUUGGCGAAGUGCUGCGUUGCCAGGACUCCAAGGGCGGCCUGAUUGCCGCCAUCUGUGCCGCUCCCACUGCGCUGGCCAAGCACGGAAUCGGCAGGGGAAAGUCCGUUACCUCGCAUCCGGAUAUGAGGCCGCAGCUGAUGGAACUUUAUUGUUACAUAGACGACAAGACUGUGGUGCAGGAUGGUAACCUUAUCACCAGUCGUGGUCCUGGAACCACUUUUGACUUCGCCUUGAAGAUUACCGAGCAACUGGUUGGAGUUGAGGUUGCCAAGGAGGUGGCCAAGGCGAUGCUCUGGCCAUACAAACCAUGAGGGGAGCUGGAGGAUGAGCUGAUCCCAUGUACAUAUAUUUCAUAGAAAUAAAAAUUUGUAGUUUUGAAAAUAACUACAUACAUA